CUCGUAGCCGCCUAGUUGGCUCGAUUCAAUUCAUGUAAGCGGACGGUUUUGAAUAAAUGCAAUUUAGAAUCGCGCGAAAGUUUAAGUGAUUGGAAAUUUUGUGGAUUGAAAACUAAUAAAAUGGAUUUGCUAAUUUUAAAACUAUUGACCAAAGAAUUUUUACUUUUAAUUACGACUUUAACAGUAUUACUUUACGUAUGGUUUCAAUAUCAAUAUACGUAUUGGAAGAAGCGAGGUGUGGUUGGGCCUAAGCCAGUGGCGCCUUUCGGUAAUGUGAGGGACGUGAUUGCUCGUAAAGCGCAAUUUUUCCAACCCUAUUGUGACAAUUAUUUUAAAUAUAAACAUUUGCCGUACAUCGGAAUGUAUUGUUUCCAUCGGCCAGUGUUGUGUGUGAUAGACCCAGAUGUAAUGAAACACAUAUUGAUAAAAGAUUUCGAUCAUUUUCAAUCUCACGGGAUAUUUUCCGGCGGCGUCGGCGAUCCGAUCGCCGGCCAUUUAUUCAACCAACAUGGCAGUACAUGGAAGAAUUUAAGAGUUAAAAUGUCGCCGUCGUUUUCAACUAGCAGGUUUAAAACUAUGUAUCCGUUUGUUGAGAAUAUCGCGAACGAUGCUUUGGCUUAUGCGGAUACUUAUCACGACAGUGGGAAAUCAUUGAAUUUUUCGAAGUUCUACGAGACUUAUACGAUGGAAAUUAUUGGAAGCGUUGGCUUUGGUGUUGAGUGUAAUGGCUUCAAGAAUCCGAAUUCGGAGUUCUAUGUUCGUGGACACGAGUACUUCAAUCCGCAAACUUUGUACUGGACGUUAGUUCGUGCAUUGGCAUUUCUUGCACCGGAUCUGUUCAAUAAACUGAAAAUCAAACGGAUCCAUCUAUUCCCGGAACCGGACAAAUUUGAUCCAGAGAGAUUUUCCCCGGAGAAUAAAGCAAAAAGACACCCCUGCCAUUGGAUGCCGUUCGGUGAGGGUCCCCGAAAAUGUCUAGGUCUGCGUCAAGGGUACGUGGAGUCGAAGCUCGCGCUCGUCAAAUUGUUGCACAAGUACGAGUUGAUAUUGGACGAGAGGACGUCGGUGCCGAUGAAGAUCAAGGCCUCAGCGCUCGCCUGCGUGCCUGAUGGCGGAGUUUGGAUUAAGCUUAGGAAAUUGGAAGCGUAAGCAAUAGAUUUGCAUAAUUCUAUAGCAAAUAUUUGAUCAAACGAUGGAACGGUUGGAAUUUUGUCACAUACACAUAGCGAAGCCGAACAAGAUUAUUUUCUUUUGUUGAGUUACAAAUAUAUUUUAAUUUCGAGACAAAGUAAAUAUCGAUUACGGGAUGUGAAAAUGGAAUUUGCUUAUUUAUUUUAUACGAAUAGUUAUUUUGUAUUAGAAAACUGUCAGGCGUUAGUUUACUCAUUUCAUCGUUAAUUCGAUCAUUAGUAAGUUAAGUCUGUAUAUUUUUUAAGUAAGAGGAUAAGUUAGUUGCCUUGAUUUUCGGUCCUAUACAAUGUAGAGUCUUCAUAUAUUAGCGAUAUCACUUUUA